UGUGUAUCAACUAGGCAGCAGCAACCUUUACAGUGAUGUCAAGGAGAGUAGGGGUGGUCUGAACUGAGACUGGUUUUAACCUUUCUCUAUUCAUCACCCAUUAGUCAUCGGAUGAUCUCUGACCAAGAAAGUCACCUGUAAUCCUUCAUGAUGACCCAGUGGUCAACUCUCCACUGACCUUUUACUGACCAUCCAGUAAGCUCCUCCCCACACCUCACAGCAUCAUGGGGGACGCAGUCCAAAUGCACUUCGGCACGGUGGAUUACGUGAUUUUCGCCGUGCUGCUAGUGGCCUCCGCAGGAAUCGGCCUUUUCUAUGCCUUCUCAGGGGGUCGUCAGAGGACCACACAGGAGUUCUUGCUGGCCGACCGCAACAUGCGAUGCCUUCCCGUAUCCCUUUCGCUGCUGGCCACCUUUCAAUCAGCAGUGGCCAUCCUGGGUACCCCAUCUGAGAUUUACAAAAAUGGCACGCAGUACUGGUUCCUGGGCUGCUCCUAUAUCCUCGGCCUUCUCAUCCCUGCCCACGUUUUCAUACCAGUCUUCUAUCGGCUCCGCCUUAGCAGCGCGUAUCAGUAUCUGGAGCUUCGUUUCAGUAAGAGUGUUCGGAUAUGUGGCACUCUGACCUUCAUCUUUCAGAUGGUGAUCUAUAUGGGAGUUGUUCUGUAUGCUCCAGCACUUGCACUUAAUGCAGUAACAGGCUUUGACCUUUGGGGGGCAGUUCUGGCCAUGGGGCUGGUGUGCACACUUUAUACAGCAUUGGGUGGUUUGAAAGCGGUAAUCUGGACAGAUGUGUUCCAGACAGUCGUGAUGUUUGCGGGACAGCUGGCAGUGAUUAUAGUGGGUACCCAUCAGGCAGGUGGCAUCGCUGAAGUAUGGAGGAAAGCACAUAACGGCAGCCGUAUCUCAGGCUUUGACCUGAAUCCUGACCCUUUAGAGAGGCACACAUUCUGGACUCUGGGAGUCGGGGGUAUUUUCCUCAUGCUGGCCCUGUAUGGAGUGAAUCAGGCUCAGGUCCAGAGAUACCUCAGCUCCCGCACAGAGAAAGAGGCCAUCAUGUCCUGUUAUGCAGUGUUCCCAUGCCAGCAGAUCGUGCUCACACUGGGCUGUUUAAUGGGUCUGGUUAUGUACGCUCGAUAUGGGGAGGAGAGCCCGCUGGAUCAGGGCUACGUCAAAACUAAUGACCAGAUGGUGCUGUACUUUGUAAUGGAUGUGUUGCAAGAUCUUCCUGGUUUACCAGGACUAUUUGUUGCCUGCUUGUUCAGUGGAGCUCUCAGCACAAUCUCAUCUGCCUUCAACUCCCUGGCAACGGUUACCAUGGAGGACCUGAUUAAACCUCACGUAUCACCCAUGACAGAGGCCCGUGCCACCAUCUUAUCAAAAGUGUUGGCACUUGGCUAUGGUCUUGUGUGUCUGGCUAUGGCGUACAUCGCCUCUCUAAUGGGCUCUGUGCUGCAGGCAGCACUCAGUAUAUUUGGGAUGGUGGGGGGACCUCUUCUUGGCCUUUUCUGUCUCGGGAUGUUUUUCCCAUGGGCCAAUUCCACUGGUGCUCUGGUUGGGCUGGCAUCAGGGCUCGUCAUGGCUUUCUGGGUCGGUAUCGGCAGCUUUGUUUCACAGAUGUCUGCGUCUGCAUCUGCAUCACCUGUGAUAAAUGCCACCAUCACACCUAAUGUAGGAAACAUGACAACAGCUGUAAUGACGACACUCAUCACACCUAAACCCAGGCCUUCUGGAGUUAAGGCUCUGUACUCUUUGUCGUAUAUGUGGUACAGUGCUCAUAAUUCUGCCACGGUUGUGCUGGUAGGACUGCUGGUCAGCUUUCUCACAGGGCCCUGGAAGGAGAAAGACUUAAACCCAGGUACGGUUUUCCCUGUGCUUGGCAAUUUGCUGUUCUUCCUGCCCGAACGCUACAAGGAGAAACUCUGCUGUGUUACUCCACUGGAAAACAGGUCCAAAGGCCUGGACCAUCAGCCUUACCAGAUGGCCCAAAAAGAGAGCAACGGCGUUGCAUACACUAAAGAGGAAGACAAGCUCAGGGAAGAAAAACAGAUAACUGCCCAGCCGACUUGCAACCUGGCUCAUACGGUGCUGGAAACAGCCUUGUGAAAUUUCCCACACAGCAACAGUCCAGAGGAGUCUUAGUUUCCAACAGGCUCUGGGAAGAAAACGUCAGUUAUGAUGCCAAAACAGCUUGUAAGUCCACAAACUUAAGUCCAUAAGUUGUGGUUUGUAUCGUGGGCCUUUUGCAAUAUUGGUACGCUGUUCCUUCAACUGCCAGUGAUGGAGGCAGGGGUUGUCUUGUUUAUAUGUAGUACUUUCUGAUGUCAGUGGUCUGUCAUAAAAAUCGUAUUAUGUUUAGAUCUCGAAUGAAGUGAUGCAAGUGAUCACCUAAAUCUUUUAGUUUACAUGUUCUAAAUUAAAUCUCAAGAAUACUUAGUUGAAUAUUGCUGGCUUGUGAUAUACACGCACAAAUCAAUUACGCUGAACGUCAGGUUUAAGAUGAAUGGUUUAUCACCAGAGUUUGCACAAAUCUAUGGUCGUUUAACGUCAGUGCCAUUCAAGUUUUGGGGUUUUUCUCUCCCAAAGACUUUGUUUCAUCCAAAGCUCACUACAUUAGCCUUUCCAUUCUGUUUGCCUUGAAAGCGCUACUGUCGAUGUGUUCAUUCCCUAAAUUGAGUUAAAAGUUUACAAUCAAUGAAGAAUUGCUAAUAUUGCAAAUGUAGUAAACUUUUAGCUUGACAUCAUGAAAAGACCAUCUGCAGUGAAGUCUCAUCUAAUCUAAAUCUAAUGCAUGUUGAAUCUUGUUCCCUCAUUAAAGCCCAUUGUUUGUGACAAGUGCCUCCUCAUAUGAAUGUAUGUUGUAGUUUUGUGACUGGAUUGUCGAUUUAGUUUGCCGUUUCAUCGCCUAACCCAAAUGAAGCAUUGAUAGGGCCAUUUUUAAGCACUACUGCAUUGUAAGAGCCUAACUAACUGACAUCUCAAAAAAAGGUUACAAUUUGCCUAGUAUAAAUAUUAUGUUUGUAUGUAUGUUUUUUUAGCAAAUGGCAAUGUUAGAAAUGUUCUUCAUGAUGUAGAUAAGUUCUUUAAAUGUUAUAAUAGCCUAUCUUAGAUACUGAAGUAACGAUACUUGUUAUAGUAUCAAGACUAACUGCUUAGAAUUGAAAACUCAAUGCGAGUUACUGACCAUAUGGAUUGAUUUGGUUGCACUUGUUCGUUUUUUGAUGUUAUAGUGACAUUUUCUGUGCUUUGCUUGUCUAGUUCAAAUUCAGACCUCAGUCUAAGCCAUACCGUUUGUAGUUGCUGUAGGAUUCCUAGGUCCUUGUGUUGUGCCUAUGACUGAAAUGAAAGCUUUCUCUGAACCUGUCACAAUCUCACAAGCACAGGCAGUCGGUUAUAUUAUAUAUUAUAUUCAGGUUAUGCGCUCUGGGUCAAUAGUUUGUUGAAGUCUCCCAUCCAUUGGUGUUUUUUGUUUGUAUGGGUUCAUUAUUGUUGGUGUUUCAUCUUGGUGUGGUGACAGGUUUCAGUUUAACAUUUGUCUCCAAAGUAUCAUCCUAUGUGGAAUCACGUUCGUCACAUGUGAAUACAUAGUGAAUAGUCGGUUCACACAGAAUGCGUUUUUGCAUUCCACUGUGCCGUUUCCAAAAUUAUUUUCCAAAGUAAAUGCAUACCUCGCUGGUUUUUCAGUAUCCCACUCAUGAGCAAAGCGUUUGUACAAUUUAAAAUAAGUUGAAAUAAAAACGUUCAAAUAGAGACAAGUGAGACCCCCUGCGUUUUUGCAGCAGUCUUGCUUUUUUGAACGGAAGAAAUACUGACAUCUUUUAUCGCUGCUCCACUUCUUGUUCGCUCACUUCUCGUUUUCGAUCAAUUCCGUAUUGCUCUUGCUGUUUCUAAGCUAGUUUUUGUCCAUCUGCAUUGUUUUUCAUGCAGUUUAUUUUAGCAUCUCACGCAAUGAACGGCAUAUUUUUAGGACGCUACUUUGUUAAAGAGUUCACCCAAAAAUCUAAAUUUUAUAUUUAUCUGCUUACCAUCCAAGAUGUAGGUGACUUUGUUCUUCAGCAGAACACAAACUAAGAUUUUUAACUCGAACCGUUGCAGUCUGUCAGUCAUAUAAUGGCAGUCAAUAGGAUCCACGGCUUUGAGAGUCAAAAAAAACAUACACAGACGAAACCAAAUUAAACCCUGUGGCCACCACAAUGUCCAACUGUCCUGAGGACGUGUACAACAGCCGGCGCGUGACGCGUCAACGUGCUCUGGCAUAUAAAAGAGCAAGCAACCAUAGCUUCAGUUGAUUAGGCUCAAAAGUUGGGAGCUGGUGAAAAGUCAACACUCACGGAUGGGUUCGUGCGAGCAAAUGUAAUCUUUUAGUUUGUAAUCAGUUUGUAAUCAAUUGCAUAUACAUUUACUAUGCCAGAGCAUGUUGACGCGUCAAGCGUCAACUGUUGUGAACGUGCUCAGGACAGUUGGACAUUGCGGUGGAUCUAAGUAAAUUAACUUAACACCUCAAUGUAUCGUCAUGAGCAGCAGGGUUUAAUUUGGUUUAGUCUGUGCAUGUUUAUUUGACUCUCAAAGCCGUGGAUCCCAUUAACUGCCAUUAUAUGACUGACAGACUGCGACGGUUCGAGUUAAAAAUCUUCGUUUGUGUGCUACUGAAGAAACAAACUCACCUACAUCUUGGAUGCCCUGGGGGUAAGCAGAUAAACAUAACAUUUUCAUUUCUGGGCGAAUCGCUUUAAACAAGCUUUUUAAAUGGAUCUCAAUGCGCCUUCCAUUCUGUUGCAAUUGUUUGCUGGUUUUGAACACAAGUACUCAUCCUGUAUAAACAGAUUAGGUUUUAAAUUUUGUCAUUUAAAAAACAAUAAAUAACAGUUUGUUGCUCUUUGUGUUGUGACAGAUCGCUGUAGCAACUCAGUUCAAGCGGCACGUAAACUGAUCAUCUUUUCAUAUUCACUUGAACCCUGAGUAGUCCACUUCCAGAAUAAAAGGUUACAAAUAAUUUACUCAGCCCCCUGUCAUCCAAGAUGUUCAUGUCUUUCUUUCUUUAGUCGAUAAGGAAUUAUGUUUCUUGAGGAAAACAUUCUCGAAUUUUUCUCCAUAUAGUGGACUUCAAUGGUGCCCCCAAGUUUAAACUGUCAAAAUGCAGUUUAAACAUAGUGAACUGUUUUUUUCCGGGUUAGCAUGGUCAAUACAGUUAGGGUAUGUCAAAAAACUCCCAGAUCUCAUUUUCUUUCCCAACUUCAAAAUCGUACUACAUCGCUGCAGAAGUAUCGACCCAGUGUUUACAAAGUGAACAUGCAGAGAAGAUCAAACGCCCUUUACAAAAAAGGAUAAAACAGCGAUGUAGGACGAUUUUGACGUUAAAGAAGAAAACAAGACGGGAGUUUUUCAGUCUACCCUAACUGUAUUGACCCAGAUUACACAGGCUACACAUGCGCAUCGCAGAGACGAGACAAGACGAGCAUUUCAAAAUGAAUUGUUUAAAAAACAACCGAUUGUUUCACAAUAUAACACCCUUCUUCCUUGGCUGGGAUCAUUUAGAGCCCUUUGAAGCUGCAUUAAACUGCAUUUUGGAAGUUCAAACUUGGGGGCACCAUAGAAGUCCACUAUAUGGAGAAAAAUUCAGGAAUGUUUUCCUCAAGAAACAAUUUCUUAUCGACUGUAGAAAGAAAGACAUGAACAUCUUGGAUGACAAGGGGCUGAGUACAUUAUCUGUAAAUUUUUGUUUUGGAAGUGGACAUCUCCUUUAAGACUUGUAUGGCUUAAUAUAACAAAUGAUGUCUCUUACUAAAAUAUGUAGUAGAAAACCUAUAAAUAUUUACGUUAUUUUAAAAAUCCACAUCGUCAUAUACAUACUUUGGACUGUGGGGACGCCAUUAUUUUGAUUACGUAGAAUGGUUGCACUUGGUGAGCUACUGACGCUAUCUGUUGCUAUUUUUACCGCAACACAUCUCGGAAGACACAGCUUGGAAAAGAAAAUACAGAUAUGAUGUUACAUUGUGCAGGUUUUGAUUGUAAUUUUCAGUCAAAGGGCAGCAAGAGAAGCAAUGCAAGUCUUCACUGUUUUCCUAGUGAUAGGAAGAGAUUCGUAAAAAUCAAUAGUACAACAUUUAGUUUAAGCCUACGCUGUAAGCUCUUUCAGUCGCUGUGCUCAGCGUAUCAGUACAUUAUUUUCCAAGUUGUGUAUUCCGAGUUGUGUUGCGGUAAAGAUAGUGUAGCUCAGUGCCAGUAGCUUACUGAAUGACACCCCCCAUAGUCCAAAAUAUGUAUAUAAUGAUGUGAAUUAUUUAAAUAACAUAAAUCUUUCAUGGGUUUCCUGCUACAUAUUUCAGUAAGACACAUAAUUUACGUUAUAUUAAGCUAUACAAGUUCCCUUUAAAGCACAAAAAAAAAAAAAACAUGAAUGAAGACAUCAGUACACAUCAUUUUUCAAGUUUAAGUCCACCGACAUUAAUCUACUCUUCUGUCUGAUUUGUUUGUCAGACAGAAUGGUUAUGAUUUGUCAGAUCGCCUGUUGAUCAAGCUCCCUGCGAAGGGUCAAUUAUGACAUUAAUUUUUAGUAUUCGUUGCAAAAUUAAACAUUUGUCAGUUAGGUUUAGGGGAUAGUAGGAAUAGAUAUGAAUUUAAUGUUAAGUCAUUAUUUAACAAGCAGUGACACUAUUUUUUAAUCCAUCCAGUUCAGUCUAUUAGAAUAAUGAUGACAUUCAGGUAUAAAAAUAAGAAAUUAAUUUGGAUUUAUUAACUUUAGUGACAUUCCAAUCAAAGGGCCCAAAGCAGAUUCUCUUUAUUAUAAAACAAACCUAGCUUGAUUUCUCAUAAGUUUUGUCAUUAUAUUCAUUAUUAGUGUCAUAAUGUAUGCAUGUGUACAACUGGAUCAUAUAGAGCUGCCAUCUGUCAUACCUGAAAUUACUUGAAUUUUGUUUGCAAAAUGGUUUAAAACAUCCAUACUUUUAAUAGUAUUGAGCACUUGCAUUUAAAGACUGAAUACAGGAUCUGAAUUGUUCCAUUGAUCAUUUCUCUUUGUCUAAAGAAUGUCUUAUUUCAAAAUUCAGAGUAUUUCCCCUGUGAGCGAUCAAAGGAGGUAUAAAACCACAAGCACAUUUUAAAUCGACACAGGCAGGGAUUGACCUAUUGUAAACUAUGCUGUCCUACAAUCUAAAACUGUGUAACCCUAAUAGAGGGCCUGUGUGGAAAAAAAAACACUGAACUGUACUGUGAGAAUUGUUUUUUAUGACAUUUUUAAAUACUAAUUUUAUAUGGAAAGCGGAAUCUUGUUAGUGCAAAAUAAAUAUUUCGAGACAUAAUAUUUAUGUUUAUAUAAAUAUUAUGAGAAUAUUUAUUUUUUUUAUAGAAGUUUUCCCCUAUUUUAUUUUCCCAAAUAUGCAUUCCAGAAAACCAUAAGCAAUGGAGUCUGACCAGCUUCAUUGCUUUGGGUCGUGCCUUCACUUAGUGUCUCUUUAUUUGAUUGGUCAUGAAAGUUCUCCAAGAACUUUCCAUUAUGUGAAAAAGAGGCAGUUGCAUUGGCCAGCAGAGCGUCUAUUGCGAUGAAACCUUUAUUUAUAUAGAUAAAUGCAGAAUAGAGGAACAGAUAUACUUAGCCACACUAGUGGGCAUUACUUUGAAUCAUGAACACUCUUUUUUUUUUCCUCUUGAUGAAUUGUUUGUAAUGAGAAAGUGUAAUAAAAUUUGUCUUGAUAACGAUAAAAAUG